GUAAAAAAAGCACUUCCUGUAGUAGAGGGGAGGGGGAAUUUGACCGGGAGAUCCGGUGGGAGGUGACAAGGAGCCCCGGUCGCCAUGUUGGCGUGGCCUUGCAAUUUUCCCCUUUCAACGGAGCCUGGCUUGUGUGUCGCUGGCUUGCUGUGCCGUGCUGGCUGGCUGGCUAUGGCGAGUCGGUCUUCUCUUCCUUCCCAUUUUGCCUCUUGACUUGACGUAUCGUGCGCUUCGGGGCACUCGCGUUGUCCUGCUCGGGUUUGUAACGUCGGUUUGCUAUUCUUGGUUGCCGUUUUCUUGGAUUCCUGGUUUGAGUGUCCCGGUAGCGCUGGUUUCGCCCGCUAUUGUCGGCUCUCGACGGGGCGAGCAUGGGAUCAGUGCACCUUGCACCAGCGGGGCUGAGUCGUUAUGCAGGGGCAGGGCUCAAGUUCGUCGUCUAAGUAACUGGCGCAUUUUUUGGCAUUAUCGCACCUCUCUCCAAAUCUCUUCUCGGAUGAUCCACGGCGUCGCGCGUUCAGCUGUGGCUGCAGGACCGUCCCCCCAGCCGAGUCUGUAGGUGGAGGAAGCAAAUGCCAGACCGUUGAAAGUGCACAGUUUACGAAUUAAUGCACACUCCCGGCGGUGCCUCUGUUUACAAAGUCACGUGGACGCAGGUUUAGAAGAAGGCAGGAUGAGGGGCCAAUCACUGCUAACCGAGCAUCACACUGCGGUUUCUUGUAAGCCCGGGACUUAGAGAAGGGCCCCGUGUACCUUUAGUAAGUGGCGAACGAGAAACUUAAGACGCAGGGGCUUGCGUAGUCAACGUAAUUUAUCGACGGAUUUUGAUUGGCUUGAAGAGGUUCAGCACAUUUGUUAAAAAUGAGACUGAGAUUCGUCGAGGUGGGAAGACAGGCGAGAUUGGAAUUAUGGUCUCUCCCUGCAGAUAGUAUGCCUGGUCUGGAACAUUGAUUCGUGCAGCCCCCUGAAUUCGGGGAUUGUGGAAAAACUGCUACUGUUCGAAGAGUCAGCAAAGCUAGAGACAUUGGUGGAAGAGAGGUUGGAGAGGUGAUCGAUUAGCUUUGUGGUUGCAGACAAGCUUAGAGCUUUUUUGGAUGCCAGAUCUCAGAAAGAUCGACUGGCUGCGCUUUGAAAGUCAUCGUUAAGUCUGAUUAGGAAUGGCUUGAUUUGGAGAUCAUGAGCAAAAAAGAGCUUCAGAGGGUUAGAAAGAGAGAAUUAAGGUUUCUCGUGCAAUCAAAACUGGCCUGUGGGUGAGUUUUGAUAACGCGUAUUAGGAUCACAAGGGGUGCCGUUUAAGUACUCUGCAUGAUUUUCCUGAAGAGAAUGAUGGAGCAACUAGUGAACUUCGUGAUACGGCCUCCAAGAGCGAGUUACAGCCCUUCGCUUGACUUGCUUGAGCAGGAGUUUCUGCUGAAAGGUCGUAAAUACUCACGAAAAGACCUUCAGGUCUUAAAUAAUAGAGGACAUGUAUUGCAAUGUAGUCAUUACACGCCCCAAUCUCCGCCUGAUGAUGAACCACUUCCUUGCGUCAUCUACUGUCAUGGAAACAGUGGGUGCCGAGCUGAUGCGAAUGAAGCAGCCAUUAUACUCCUACCAUGUAAUAUUACUGUUUUCACGUUAGACUUCUCAGGCUCGGGGUUGUCUGAUGGAAAUUAUGUUAGCUUGGGCUGGAAUGAGACAGAUGAUUUAAAAGCCGUUGUAAACCAUUUGCGAACCGACGAAAAAGUAUCCCGCAUUGGUUUAUGGGGUCGUUCUAUGGGGGCUGUCACCUGCCUCAUGUAUGGAGCUCAAGAUCCCUCCAUAGCUGGCAUGGUCCUGGACAGUCCUUUUGCGAAUCUCAACAACCUCAUGAUGGAACUGGUUGAUGUAUACAAGAUUCGCCUUCCAAAGUUCACGGUAAAGGUGGCUGUGCAAUACAUGCGGAAGGCUAUACAAAAGAAGGCUCGUUUUGAUAUUAUGGACCUUGACACAGUACAGGUGGCCAAAAAAUCUUUUAUUCCGGCUCUUUUUGGGCACGCAACAGACGAUGCCUUCAUACAUCCUCGCCAUUCUGAAAUAAUAUUUAAAGCUUAUUCAGGUGAUAAGAAUAUAAUCAAGUUUGAUGGUGAUCAUAAUUCCCCAAGACCUCAGUUUUACUAUGAUUCCAUCACGAUCUUCUUUUAUAAUGUUUUGCGACCUCCUGACGCACCAAUCGUCGUGCCGGAAGUACUACCCGAGCCACAUUUCUAUGACGAUGCAUUGGAUCUUGAUGAUGUAGACGAGGAUACCCUCUAUGAGAUGUUGGGGGCAGUUCGACCGCCUUCCUCUACCAAUACUGGGUCGUCACCUGCUGGUGGUACUAGCUCCGAUGGUCCGGGUUCCGAAUCAACAGAGGAAGCACUGUCACAAACACGUUCACGAUGGCAGAUGAGUAGAACAGUUGUACCUGUGGACCUCACUGGUAAGGAAGCAGAUCUUUCCGACCUUAAAGAUUUUGACAGCGAUGGGUUCGAAGGCACAUCCUCUUGUACUGAGGCUUCUGAGAAUGGGGUUCACACCCACCCUGCUAAGGUAGCCUCGUCGAAUGAUGAUGACAAAUGCUGGACCCCUAAUCUUUACAGUGAUGAUGGACAUGUCUCACCUAGUGGAGAGAAAGUCUGGGGUCCUCUUCUUGGAGGUGCUGGACAUGCUUCACCCAGUUAUGAUCAGUCAUUUGCCAAUGCACCUGCAAAUUUUGACGAUGAAGAGCGGAUGGUUAUGGAGGCUAUUGCAGCUUCUCUGCAUGAUGUAGACUUAAAGGAGGCGGAGGAGAAAAACAGGAAUGAAGCUUCACGAUCCGUGGUUAUCGCAUCGACAAACAGCAGCAGACUUGACGCAUUCAGGCAGCGUUUGAGAUCCUCUGUUUUUAGAGGCGGUCGUCGCAAUGGAUCAAAAUAAAUUGCAGCUGUGUUAUGCAUUCCUAUGCCCGCGUCCCUUAUGAAUUUGCGCCCUCUGUGGCAUCUCAUGGUUGCAAAUCUGCGGUUAUCUUUUCAACACAUUUUUUGUUGAAAGCCUUGAUUGUGCAUAAAAAGGCAAAGAGUUGUGCCUCUCUUGUAAAUUAUGAAAGAAGUGCUAACUAUUUCUCAUUCUUCGCA